AUGGGGAUCUCGUUUAAGGUUUCCAAAUCCGGCAAGCGGUUCCACCCGAAACCGCCGCCGCCCGCCGCCGCCCCAUCUCCGGUCGAAGGCGAGAAACCGGAAGACGUCGUAGCUGUGACCUCGAAGAAAAGCGAUAACAUCUCGUUUUCUGCACGUAGCGUGGCGGGAGAGGCUAGUGAUAGCAAGGGGAUUGCUGAAAUCAAGGAAAAUGAAGUCUCGUUCUGCCUCAAUCUUUUUCCUGAUGGAUAUUCAAUAUCAAAGCCGAUGGAGAGCGGAUGUGGGCGUGAAACAUCUGGGGAUGUACCAAAGUUUUUACAUCCUUAUGACAGAGCAUCCGAGACUAUGUUUUCGGCAAUCGAGUCUGGACGGUUACCGGGAGACAUUCUGGAUGAUAUACCAUGCAAAUACGUCAAUGGGACAGUUGUCUGCGAGGUUCGAGAUUACCGGGAGUCCUCGUCUGACGGACUUAAUGCGGCUUCGGGUAAUAGAUCACCUGUCGUUACCAGAGUUCGUCUAAGAAUGUCACUGGAAAACAUAGUGAAGGAUAUCCCAGCUAUUUCAGAAAGUGAUUGGACAUAUGGUGAUCUGAUGGAAGUGGAAUCCAGGAUCUUAAAGGCCCUGCAACCUCAACUUAGUCUGGAUCCUACUCCACAGCUGGACAAACUAUCUGACUUCCCAGGUCCUAGCAAGUUAAACUUCGACCUACGCAGCAUGAGAAGGAAAAGACUUAUGCAGAUUCCAGAUAUUGCUGUAACAUCAAAUAAUAUGCACGGGAAAAAAAUAUGUCUAGAGAGAGCCCCAGAGAGCUCAAGGUUGGGAGACCCGGGAUCUCUCUCACAGCAAACCGCGUAUGAGAACUCGAACAUCCAAAAUCCAAACACGAUGCUUCCAGUAAGGAACAACAGCUUUGGACCUGACGGCUCCCUCCUAACACCAUCUGCGGUACCCCACCUGUCAAAAUACUCAAGCGGGCUUUCCAGCCCCCGAAUGAUGAAGGAUCAGCGAUUAUCUUCCCCUGGCGGACAAGAUGUGAUGAUACCAUUCUCCGAUAACUCUGCCUCUUCAAUUCACGGAAAGAGAGAGAAUCAAGACGGCCAAUCAUCUCCUCUUAUGAACAAGAAGGCGCGGCCUGAUGGGAAUCUACAACACGUGGGACCACAAAUGGACGGCUUGCACGGAUCUGAGUCACAAUGGAAGAACACAUUAAUGCAACAACAGUCGAUUGGGAGAGGAAUUCAUCAGUACCCCAACAGCAACAUGCAGAAAUUCUCUCAGCAGGCGUUUGAAGGAGGCAUGAAUCAGGAAGGCGGACCCACACAGUUCAAUAUCGGGCAGCAGCAGGGAAUCAGAUACAACUUGAAAGAAGAACCGGUCGAGACAGAGAGAUUGGACAGACAGGAUUCGGACUUGACAGGUCUGGACCCACGGCUGCAACAGAGGAUGCCAGCUCAGUUCAUGAGACCGGGUUUUCCUCAGGCCCAGUGGAACAAUUUGGGCCAGGCCCUUGAUAUUAGUAAUAAUCCAAGGAAGGAGGACUCAUACCAGAAGAGGAAGUUUGUUCAGAGUCCCCACGUUUCGGCUGGAGGCUUGCCUCAGUCUCCGCUUUCAUCGAGAUCUGGGGAAUUUUCCAGCGGUUCGCAUCAAUUUGGAGCCGCUGUAAGUAGCGGACACGUUCAGAAGGAAAAAUCUGUGGUCAGUGGUAGUGAUCCCAUGCAGCGGCAGAACCAGGUGCAGGCAGUGGCUAAACGGAGAUCUAAUUCUCUUCCGAAAACGCCUGCUGGGGUUGGUUCUCCAGCUAGUGUGAGCACUAUGAGUGUACCCAUAAUCACAAGCAGCCCUUCUGUUGGGUCUCAGGCAUUGGGUGAUCAUCAGUCCAUGCUUGAGAGGUUCUCGAAGAUAGAAGUGGUGACCAUGAGGUGCCAGCUUAACUGCAAAAAGAACAAGGUUGACGAGUAUCCCAUGAGGAGGAAGCCCAAUGUGUAUUCUGCUCAGGAUCUGAUGACCCAUCUCUCCAGUGAUGUAAACAAUGAGAUUUUGAAGGAUGAGACAUAUAAGUUGUCCAAGUCCCUGGUUGCUGGCAGCAUGAACUCUUGCAAAACCAGGAUCUUGAACUUUGUCCAGACAGAGCGUAUCAUCCAAGGUAAUAGCUUCCAGUUAGUGACAAAGGCAAGAACGAGGAUGAUCAUGUCAGAGAAACCAAAUGAUGGUAACGUGGCAUUUCAUAUUGGAGAAAUAGAGGAGACUGAAUACUUGGCUGCAGAGGACUACCUUCCAACGCUGCCAAAUGCUCACAUUGCCGACCUAGUUGCAGCACAGUUCAGCUCAUUGAUGGCACGCGAUGGGUAUGACGUGGAUGAUCGUCUUCAACCGAAAGCUGCCCGUAUAAACCCUGCCACCCCCUCGUCCGAGACGCAGCAGUUUUCUGAAGGUGGCGGGCCCGCUCAGCCGCAGCCCAACGAUGCGGCCAGGCCCGGUGGAUCAACUGGCAAUCCACUGCUAAACUCGCCGCACAACGUGCAAACUCAAAGGAUGCUACCCCAAGGAAAUAAUAACAAUCAAGCGAUCCAAAUGUCUCAAGGACUGUUACAAGGAGUCUCGAAUAUGCCUUCUCGACCGAUUCAAGGUCCCGAGCAGCAGCAGCAGAUGCCAGCUCAGCAGUCCCAAUUUCAAAGAUCCCCCAUGAAUAUGCUCCCGUCCAGCUCGAUGACGAGCAUGCAUCAGCUGGCCGGGGGCCCACUCAUGGGGAACAAUAAACACUCGUCCCUUCAACUCCAGCUCUUGCAACAGCAGCAGCAGAGGAAAAUGAUGGCUACUAGCAUGGGGAAUGUCGGCAUGGGCAAUAUCGGAAAUAGCAAUAAUAAUAGUACGAACAAUAUGGUCGGGCUUGGAGGUUUAGGUGGCUUGAUCGGGGGCUCGAGGGGGGGUGUGAGCGGCGGGAGUCGGGUGCCGUCGGGCAUUGGUAAUGUUAACCUGAGCUCGGCUGCAAACAUCACCAACGCUAUCAGAAAUGGGACCCUCACGCCCGAGCAGGCCACGCUGAUGAAGCUGAGGCUGCAGCAGAAUCGGGCUGGCAUGGGUAUGGGUAGUAUGGGUAUGGGCAUGGGGAUGGGCAUGGGCAUGGGCAUGGGCAUGAACAUGAACACGAAUGUGGGCCUGAACAUGCUUGGGGGAUCUCAGUCGGGCCUUGCAGGAGGAGGGGCGGCGGCCCGACAGAUGCACUCGAUAGGAUCCUCUGGCCUGUCCAUGUUGGGGCCCGCACUGGCCCGGGCCGGGAUCGGCCAGAUGCAGCAGCAGCGGACGCCAAUGGGCCAGAUGGGCCCGCCGAAGCUUGUGCCGGCGGGAGUCAACCCUUACAUGAACCAACAACAGCAGCAAAUGUAUUUACAACAACAAUUGCAAUUGCAACAGCAGCAACAACAACAGCAACAAAUGCAACCGCAAGAAACGAACUCUCCACUGCAGGCAGUUGUUUCGCCUCCGCAAGUGGGCUCACCAUCGGGCCACCAGUUGGGCCAGCAGCAACAGCAGGCGGCAAGCCCACAACAAAGAACACCUAUGAGCCCACAACUGAGCUCGGGGGCCAAUGCCAUGCACCAGAUGGUGGGGGCCAACCCAGAUGUCGGCCCUGGCCCAGCAAGCCCGCAGUUGAGUUCGCAGACUAUGGGCUCGGUUGGUAGCAUUGCAAACUCCCCAAUGGACAUGCCAGGCGUGAAUAAAAGCAACUCUUAG